AUGGUCCGAAACAAGAAACCCCACACCCUGUGUGGCACCCCGCACCACCAUACCAGCACGCUAGCCGAAUUUGUGUGCACCCCGAGCGCACAGAGCAGCCAUCGACCGCCAGACAAUAUGGCGCCCGGCUCCCCGAGCAAUGAAAGCGCGGGAGAUCCCUCACUAGACAGCACUCAGGAUGACACGCUGGUGCUGAUCAGACAGGAGCUGUCCAUGAUAUCAACGCAGAUGCUUACCAAAGCCGACACGGGGGGACUCCCAAGAGAACUCCGGGCGGCAAUCAAAGAGGAAAUCACGGCCCUGCGGGCAGACUUAACGGCUAUGGAAGUGAGAGUGGAAGCACUUGAAAUGGAGGCCCAAGCGAGCUGUUCACAACACCAAGCCGCUGAACAAGCCACCACGCGUCAGGAGAACCUGCUCCUCUAUCUCCGACGCCAGGUUGAAGAUUUGGAAAACCGGAGCCGAAGACAAAAUAUUCAGAUUAGAGGCUUACCUGAACCCAACACUGCACCCUUGCAAGAAACCCUGAAGUUUCUCUUCUGGCAGAUCCUAGGCCAGGAGUGCCUGGCGGAGAUUCAACUGGACCGGGCGCAUAGGGCACUGGGACCGCAGAGACUGGAUGGCAGGCCACGAGACAUCCUGUGCUGCUUCCACGCCUAUAGCCUUAAGGAAAGACUGAUGACAGCAGCCCGGGACUCGGAAAGCAUACACUUCAGAGGAGUGGAUGUGGCCCUAUUCCAGGACCUCUCUGGCCUCACUCUGGAUGCCAGGUGAGCACUCCGGCCCCUAACGACAACCCUGCGAGACAAAGGUAUUACAUACUGGUGGGGAUCUUCCCCAAGCCUAGAGUCCUUUAAGAGAUCCCUCUCUACAUACCUCAAAACAGAAUGCACAUGUCAUGGGUGAUUAUAUAUUUCCUACCUGUUCUAUGGUAAAUUUUGUAUAUAUUAUGUAUAAAUAUUGUUUUUGUAUUGUAUUUGUAUUUUAUUGUACCCUAAUGUAACAAUGCAAUGUUUUGUGGACCCAGGACAUACUUGAAAACGAGAGAAAUCUCAAUGUAUCUUUCCUGGUAAAAUAUUUUAUAAAUAAAUCAUAACUUACACAUAUACCCAGACCUGUCUCCCUCUACACUGGGAUUUUGCAGAGCCCUUAAGCCGCUUACCGCAAAGUAUAAAGUACACAUGAAUAAUAUCCACUGAGCAUUAUCUUCUAUACUUUGUGUGCCAGAACACCAAUAAAUGUGGGACUUUCCUACUGGUUUUAUUUUCUUGCAAAAAAACAUUGAUUUACAAAAACAAAACAAAAACCUUAGCUACACCCCUACAUUGUAAGUGUAAGUCACAUGCAGGGAGGUGUGACUAGGAUUGUAUAAACAAAGUGUUUAAACUCUUAAAUGGUAGAGAAUUGAGCAGUGAGACUUUAGAGGCAUGAUCUAUACACUAAAACUGAUUCAUUAAACUAAAGUUCUUUUGGUGACUCUAGUGUCCCUUUAAUACAAAUUUAAAAGUAUCAUAUGGGAAAAGGUAAACACAAGUUAAAGGUGAUUUUUAUUAUUUUACACAAGGGUGUAAUUUUCAGAGAAAUUACAUUUCAGGUGAUUUAUUUAGUACUUCACAAAGAAGUUUGAGCCCAAUGGGAGAGAACUCUUUAUUCUAUUGCAUACUGUCCAGAGGUGUAAGAUCUCUCCUUGGAAGUGUAAACACAAGGAUGCCAGCUUUCUCGUCUUUACACUGCUCAAGUAAGACCUGUUAACUGCAAGGAUUCUUUUUUUUUUUUUUUUAACAAGGUUCAAACGACUUUUUUCUUGUCUUAAAGUUUUUAUCCUGAUUUAAUCAAACAUAUUUUCCUCCGUAGUUUUUUUUUAUCUAAAUAUCUGCUUUUGUAGUUUACAUUUAUUUGCUGUGUUUUACUUUAAUUUCUAUUUCUCUGCCAUAAUCAUCUGUUUUCUGACCUUACAAUUUCCAACAAAAUUAAAACCAUUAAGUACCAAGUGCACAACCCUUUGAUUUAUUAGAAUAGCAUAGUUGUUUUUGAAAACGGAAAUCUCAAGGAUUUUUUCCCAUCAAGCAUUAAUCAGAAUGUGUCUGACUAUGUAAUGUCAACUAAGGAUACAUUUUUUAACAAUCUUUAUUUUCAGUUUUAGAUCAAUACAAGAAGGUUUACUCAGUUACAGUGAAAUAAGUUACAGUAUAGUUAGUACAGUCAACUAAAUGUUGUCAGAUUGGCAGCUAUUUUGCUGCUUAGCAUAUUUGUAUUUCCAUUUUGUAUAUUCAAUUUAUGAACAAACUGGUGAUAUAUACAAAGGUAUUCCAAAUUUGAAAUAUACAAAGGUUGCAAGAUAUACUGGCUUGAUACUUCAAAAAGUAAUAUGAGAAAUAAAAUAUUACUAGCUCUGGCAGAAUCAACCUCUCAGUUCACAAGAAACACACACACUCUUGUUCUCUCACUCUCUCUCUCGCUCUCUCUCUCUCUCUCUCUCUCGAAGAUGUGA